AUUUCAGUAUUCAUUUAAUAGUUCUCAAGUUCACGAUUUUGAUUAAUAGGCACCUAAGCAAUUUUUGUCUUACUUGAAAAAAAAAUAUUCUGGUUUCUUUUUUCCCCUGAGGAAACAAACAUGAAUCCUUUCUAUCUUACAUGGAUGGUAUUUUUCACCCUCUAUUGCAGUAGUAGUAGUCAGAGUGAUCCCUUGGGGCCUGUAUUAAAUGGUACUGAUUCUGAACACAGGAUCCGAUGCGAUACGUAUUCUCCAGUUCACGAAAUAAACUAUAUAUGGACGAUUCGUCAGUUCAGUCAUCUCGAGGCACUCAACACUAGUGCGAUUUCAUCGCCCAAGUUACACGCACUUACAACUGAUAAAUAUGAAUGGCUCAUCCAAUUUUUACCUAACUACAUUCAUAAGGAAAAAGAAACGAUCUCUGUAAUAGUUUGGUUAACCGGCGGGAGCAGAAUCCGAGAAGCGUUACUGGACCUCAAUAUUUCAAUCAUAAAUCACAAGGAAGAAACGUUAUUAAAGCGAAGUUCGCCACAAUCGCUAUUAGCUGGAGGAGGUCGGGGAUGGAGGCCCUACUGUAAAAAAGAUGAUUUUUUCAGACAUCAUUUACUGCAAAAUGACACAUUGACCCUGUUAAUCAACAUAAGAUGGCUUUCUCAACUAUGUAAUAACGUUUCCCACGAACGCAAUCCAUCACCGACUCCCAUACACGAAACUACUAAUUUUUUGCAGAGUGAACCUUCAAAAAAUACUGAUUCCGAAUACAUGAUUCGAUGCGAUACAUUCAUGCAAUUCCACGAAAUAAAAUAUUUAUGGACUAUUCAUCAUUUUAGUUAUCACGAGACACUCAACACCAGUGGGAUUUUAUCGCCCAAGUUACACGCACCCACAACAAAUAAAUAUGAAUGGGAUAUCAAAAUUACGCCCAAUCACAUACAUGAAGGAAAUAAAACGAUCGCUGUGUACGUUUACUUAUCUGGCGGGAGUACAAUCAGAGAAGCGGUAGCAGACUUACAUGUUUCAAUCAUAAAUCAGAAGAAAGAAACAUUAUUUUAUAAAAAUUCAACUCGAACAAAAUACUCACACGUAGUCUAUUGGGGCUGGGAUGGCUACUGCAACAAAGAUGAUUUUUUCAGACAUCAUUUACUGCAAAAUGACACAUUGAUGCUGUUGAUCAACAUAAAAUGGCUUUCUCCACAUUGCAAUAAUGUUUCCCACGAACGUGAAAUUCCACCGCCGACUCCCAUAAGGUACAUUUAUACAGGAAAGUGUGAAAAUUUAGCCAAACUAGCGGAUGAAUUGUUUGUGGCUGCUUCCAAAUAUGGUUUGGACGACUUGAGAAAAAUUUGCGAGCAAAGACUUUGUGAGACUUUGUCUGCAGAAAAGGCAGAAGACAUGUUUGUAUUUGCCAAGAAACACCAUGCCAACGAACUGAAGUUCAAAGCUGCCCAAUUUAUAGCAAACAGAUUUGUUCAAAAGUUGAAUAUAACGGGCUAG